AUGGCAGCUAAAACAGACCAAGGCAAGGGCAAAGUCAGCCUCAGCGGCGCCCAGGAGACGCUCAUGCUGACGCUGUUGGCGCGUGCCGACGACGCCGAGUCCCCCAAUCCUAUCCUCAACGACACGCUGUCUGCCAAGAUCAGAAAACAAAUCCAGGAUGAGCACGGCUACAACUUUGACGCACGCGCAAGGGCUGCUCAUAAAGGCAUCAUGGCCAAAAUGGUCUCGGCGAGGGCCAAGAUCUUUGACGAGGCAGCCGAGAACUUUCUCAGUCAGCAUCCAGGGCCAGCUACCGUGCUGCACCUCGCCUGCGGCAUGGACACGAGGUGUCAUCGGGUCAAGUGGCAAGGCCCGGGGCGUGUCUGGAUCGACGUGGACAAGGAGGAUGUGGUCGAGUUGAGGAGGGCGGUGGUGGAUGAACCCGAGGUACCGCCGGGUCAGGGCGAGUACCGGCUAGAAUGCCCGGACAUUAUCAACGACGUGGACUGGCUGGGUGACAUUCGGGUGCCCAACGACAGACCCGUGCUGAUCAUUUUUGAAGGUCUGGUCAUGUACCUGAAUGCUGAUCAGGUGCUUGGUUUGUUCUGCAAGCUUCUGCGGCAUUUUCAGGGGAGUGGGAAGGGAGGCCAGAUAUACUUUGACUCGAUUGGGCCUUUUGGGUACUACUUCAUGAAGCUCUUUCCCGGGCAGCCGUUGAAGAGGAUGGGUGCCAACUUUGGCUUCUACAUGUCCAACGGAAAUUGGCUGGAGCUCAACAAUCCCGGGUUGCACCAAAUCAACCGAGAUUCUCAAGCAGUUGCGCUGGUAGAAAGGGUACCGUACUUGUGGAUUAUACGCGCGGCUGUCAAACUGGUUGAUAGGAUUCUUGGAGGCUCACUGGUUGGUGGCGUGUAUGGGUUUCAAUUUUGA